ACCAGGAGGAGAGGAGACUGAGAGAGCAGCACAUUGUUCACAAUCAAGACACUUAUCUGUGUUUACAUAAGGGAACAACAACAACGGAACACAUUAGAGAUACCGAGACUGAUUAUUGCAGAACAAUGUCAGUUUACAAUUGCUCUUUUGAUCUAAUUGCUGAAAAAGGCGGCUGGUUUUGUUCUCCGGGGGGAAUGUGCGUCAAUCUGACCUCUGGUGUGAAUGGAAGCCACAUUGAUCUGGAUGAUGCAUGUCUAACAGAGGAAGGGUACCUGGAGAAAUAUUUGGGGCCUCGUCGAUCAUCUGUGUUUCUUCCCGUCUGCCUCAUGUACCUGGUCAUUUUUCUGUUUGGUGUGGUGGGGAAUGUGCUGACGUGCACUGUCAUUGCACGCAACAAAGUCAUGUGGACUCCAACCAACUACUACUUGUUCAGCCUGGCAGUGUCAGACCUGCUGGUGCUGCUGCUCGGUAUGCCGUUAGAGCUGUAUGAGCUGUGGCAGAACUACCCCUUCCUCCUGGGGAAGGGUGGCUGCUACUUUAAGACGUUCCUAUUCGAGACUGUUUGCCUGGCGUCUAUCCUCAACGUGACAGCGCUGAGCGUGGAGCGUUACAUCGCUGUGGUGCACCCGCUACGCGCAAAGUACGUUGUAACACGUACCCAUGCCAAGCGAGUCAUCCUUACGGUGUGGGGUGUAUCUGUGUUGUGUGCUUUGCCAAACACAAGUCUACAUGGCAUCAACUUCCUUCACGGUCGAUUCACCGGCCCUGCUGGGAACAUAACAAUGCAGAUCCCAGACUCAGCAAUCUGUACUCUGGUGAAACCGCACUGGAUGUACAACCUGACCAUCCAGGUGACCACCUUCCUAUUUUUCAUUCUGCCCAUGCUCACAAUCAGCGCUCUUUACAUGCUCAUUGGAUUGCAGCUUAAGCGGGAGAAGAUGUGUCACACACUGGAGUCAAAGACAGUCUUUGGACAGGACAGCUACUGUCACGUUCGGACACAGCAGCAGAAGGCCCGUCGCCGGCAGGUCACUAAAAUGUUGUUUGUUUUAGUAGUCGUUUUCGGGAUCUGCUGGGCCCCGUUUCACACUGACCGUCUCAUGUGGAGUUUCAUCAAUGACUGGAGUGACAACCACCUAGAAAUCUUCGAGUAUGUGCACGUCAUCUCCGGAGUGUUUUUCUACCUAAGCUCAGCAGUCAACCCAAUCCUGUACAAUCUCAUGUCCACACGCUUUAGAGAAAUGUUCAAGGAGGUCAUGUGCCAUCGGCCACAUGACAUCACUCCCAGGAAACACUCACUCAGUGUCACCCGGAUGACGCUUCGCAGCACCCUGAGUGAUGCGCCACAAAGCAUUGUUGCUGCUGUCGUUGAAGCCGAGACAGAAGUUGGAGAAGUGAGAAUGAAAGAUGAAACCACUUUUUCGUGUUGAAAACAACUUAAAGGGCAUGUGAAGGGGGAUGUAUUGUGGACAGGAUUUCAUGGUAUAUAUUUCUAAACCACUGCAUACAUCAAUUGUCAUUCACUUUGAACAGGUAUAUCAGUUAAAUAAACUACCUGAAAUAGUCUGAGUGGAAAAACUGCAGAAAAAGCGGAAGAUGUCAGGCUGCAGUGUAAGGACCCGAUCAAACAGAGUGCUUUUUGCAGGUUCUAAAAGGUACCACACUGCCUUUUUUGUUGAAGCCUAUCAUUUUAAAAAAGAGCAGCUUUCUGCACGUUAUUUAGUAAGUUAGCUAAGUAGUAGCUAGCUGCCUUACUUACACAGGUGGAGGGCACUGAUCUGGCUCUGAAAGAGGAUGAGAGGCCAAAUAGUAUCACACUGGCAAAGCAAUGACCAGUAAACAUUAUUGGGGUUGCAUUAGCUAACGGUUAGCAAAGUUAGCUUAAUUGAGCUAGAUAACUAACUAUGUCACCACCACAGAAGGCCCGCCUCUCAAUUCAUCCGAUUGGACAAUGUGAUAUUGCUUGUUGCCUGCUCUGUAACCCAUGACUGCAACACACAUAAGGUCCAUGCCAACACGUUUUGUAGUUUGUAGAUAUCAUGCCACAUGUGGCAGUUGCUGCCACCCCUAAAAAUUGCCUUGCCACCCAAGCUGCCACCCCAGUCUUGAACAAUCUAAUUAAAAUAUAUAUACUGUAUAUAAAAAUGUUGUGGCUGUUUGAAGAUUUACAAGAGUGAAUCUCUGAUGUCCCAAUGCAAGUGAAUGCAGAAACACUCACGCUAGCGGCUGCUAGUCGUGCAGCUGCGGGAUAGAUAAAGAACUAAAUGUAAAUACAGAUCCUAUAUGUUAUCGAAUCAAUAGGUGGCAUUAGUAAACAGUCCUCUGUUUUGAUUUGUUCUAAUAAAAAAUCCUGGAAUUUGACAAGUUGAGAUGAACAAAGUGGACGAAUGCAUACAAAAGUUGGUAAAAGCCAGAAAGACGUUAUUAACUUUUAGAAACUUGUAUUAUAAAUACAGUAAGGAUUUGUGAAACACAACGGCGUAAAGUAACAACAAACUGAAGUUUCUUGCUAAACAAGAGAGUAUGAAAAAACUAAACAAACAAAAAUAAGACUGAGGAUAAUAAAAAAAAAUCUAGCAAAAGUGAAUGUCCUAUUGUUUUUAUGAUACUGCUACUUUAAUUGUCCAUAAUGUAAGGGAUAAGCCACACUUUAUGUACAGUUAUUAUUUAUAUCAAAUGAUUUGUAUUAUAAAUAUCAACGUUUCUUAGCACGUGCAAUAUUCUGUGAGAAUAUAUUCUGUAUAUUGUAUUGCUAUGUUCACAUAACAAAAAUGUUUGUCACCCCUGUAUCCUGUUUACAGUCGUGUUUGUGUGUUAAAUUUCUGCAAAAGCUUUUUAUUGUUCAUCAGUAUGGAAAAUAUUAUGAGAAAAAUGUAUCUCUAAUGAGAAGCAGCUUUUGGAUUGUUGUUGUUACAAACUUGUC